GUGGGAUCUGAGAGCUUGGACAGGUGUGUCCAGGUGUGUCCAGGUGUGCUCAGGUGUGUCCAGGUGGGAUUUGAGGGCUGGGACAGGUGGGAUUUACCUGUACAGGUGUGCCCAGGUGUGCUCAGGUGUGUCCAGGUGGGGUCUGAGAGCUUGGACAGGUGUGUUCAGGUGUGUCCAGGUGUGCUUGGGUGUGUCCAGGUGGGGCCAGGUGGGAUUUGAGGGCUGGGACAGGUGGGAUUUACCUGUCCAGGUGUGUCCAUGUGGGGCCAGGUGGGAUUUGAGGGCUGGGACAGGUGGGAUUUACCUGUCCAGGUGUGUCCAGGUGUGUCCAGGUGUGUCCAGGUGGGAUUUGAGGGCUGGGACAGGUGGGAUUUACCUGUACAGGUGUGCUCAGGUGUGCUCAGGUGUGUCCAGGUGGGGUCUGAGAGUUUGGACAGGUGUGUUCAGGUGUGUCCAGGUGUCCCCAGGUGUGUCCAGGUGUGUCCAGGUGGGAUUUGAGCGCUGGGACAGGUGGGAUUUACCUGUCCAGGUGUGUCCAGGUGUGUCCAGGUGGGGCCAGGUGGGGUCUGAGAGCUUGGACAGGUGUGUCCAGGUGUGCUCGGGUGUGUCCAGGUGGGAUUUGAGGGCUGGGACAGGUGGGAUUUACCUGUCCAGGUGUGUCCAGGUGUGCUCAGGUGUGUCCAGGUGGGGUCUGAGAGCUUGGACAGGUGUGUCCAGGUGUGCUCAGGUGUGUUUGGGUGUCCCCAGGUGUGUCCAGGUGUGUCCAGGUGUGUCCAGGUGGGAUUUGAGGGCUGGGACAGGUGGGAUUUACCUGUCCAGGUGUCCCCAGGUGUGCUCAGGUGUGUUUGGGUGUCCCCAGGUGUCCCCAGGUGUCCCCAGGUGUGCUCAGGUGGGAUUUCGGGGUGUUCUGGGCUGGAAUUUCGGGGGGAGGGGUUUAACCCUUUCCGUUCCUUCUCUCUCUCCGCUGCCUCCCAAGGAGCCCGGGUAAGUCCCGCCCCCAAAAUUCCCAUUUUUUACCCCAAAAUUCCCCUU